GCCCCCGGAACGCGGAUCACGGUACCCUCGCGAAGGUUAGGAGGGAGGCGGCGAGAUGAGCGGGGCGCCUGUGUUCCUGAGCGCCGCCGAGGUGCAGCACCACCUUGGCAGCCCCAGCCUUCUCAUCCCACGUCUAGAGGCGGCUCUGGCCAACUUCUCCAGCGGCCCCGACGGAGGGGUUAUGCAGCCGGUUCGCACCGUGGUGCCGGUGGCCAAGCACAGGGGUUUCCUGGGGGUCAUGCCUGCCUACAGUGCUGCAGAGGACGCAUUGACCACCAAGUUGGUAACCUUCUACGAGGGCCACAGCACCACUGCCGCCGUCCCCUCCCACCAGGCCACUGUGCUGCUCUUUGAUCCCAGUAAUGGCUCCCUUCUGGCGGUCAUGGAUGGAACUGUCAUAAGUGCAAAGAGAACAGCUGCAGUAUCUGCCAUUGCCACCAAGUUUUUGAAACCUCCCAGCAGUGAAGUGCUGUGCAUACUUGGGGCUGGGGUCCAGGCCUACAGCCACUAUGAGGUCUUCACAGAGCAGUUCUCUUUUAAGGAGGUGAGGAUAUGGAACCGCACCAAGGAAAAUGCAGAGAAGUUUGCAGACAGAGUGCAAGGAGAGGUACAGGUCUGUUCAUCAGUUCAGGAGGCUGUGACAGGCGCAGAUGUGAUUAUCACAGUCACCAUGGCAACAGAGCCCAUUUUGUUUGGUAAAUGGGUGAAGCCAGGGGCUCACAUCAACGCUGUUGGAGCCAGCAGACCCGACUGGAGAGAGCUGGACGAUGUGCUCAUGACACAGGCUGUGCUCUACGUGGAUUCCCAGGAAGCUGCCCUGAAAGAGUCUGGAGAUGUCAUGCUGUCAGGGGCCAAGAUCUUUGCUGAGCUGGGAGAAGUGGUGAAGGGAGUGAAGCCAGCCUACUGUGAGAAGACCACAGUGUUCAAGUCUUUGGGUAUGGCAGUGGAAGACAUGGUUGCAGCCAAGCUGGUGUACGAUUCCUGGUUGUCUGGUAAAUAAAAUGAAGGAACUUCGCCUUGUGGUGGAUGCUACAGUUUCAGGAAUGUUGCCACCAGUUGUCUCAUAAUUUCUAGAUCAAAUGAGGGAGCCCAGUGCUCAGUGAACUGUAGCUUUGUGCUUAGCAUGUCUUAACCCUAAAUGAGAUCCCCAUUUGUGUUUGUAAUUGGUAAAUAAAACUUGGUGGUCUUUUCUUCUGUUACAUCAGAUUAUAGUGGCAUUCCCUUUUCCCUGUAUUUCGCUAUGUUUUGAAAUAAAUAUUCCUUGAAAUAAAGCAUUUUCCAAUUCUGAA